AAGAAAACAUUACAGUAACUGGGAUGUGCUUUGCUGCCUGGCAACUGUACACCAAGGAUUUUUCUUCACUCUGCAGAUUCCACGUGUUGCCAUUUGCACUAUAAAUCACGGAAUAGAGUUAUCUGGCACUUCUGCUCUGUUUGUGGAAGCAGAACAUAACCUCUCACAGUCCUGGAAUUACACAAACAAGACCAUCAAGAGGAAAGCGCCUGCAAAGCAAUGAAACAAAGCAAGUGAAUUAAACAUGGAAAGGCUUUUACCAUUUCAUCUGCAACUCUUUUUAUUUUAAAGAAUAAGCAUCUUCACUCUGAUUCAACAUGCAGCAUUACAAUAUGGGUGUUUCUCUGUAAAAUAAAUAGAAGGGCAUUUUUCUAUUAACGCUGCAGCUGAGCUUCUACUCUUUAAUCCAUUUAAAUUUCCUCAUACCUGUUGAUGGCUCUCGAAGAAGAAAUACUUGACGAGAUGCUGAACCUGUCCUGGGGGACUAUAAACAGCAGCAUGUUGGGGGAUGUAUACAGGACCAAUGAAUCCCUGGUGAACCGGACUGAGACUGGAACCCCACCAUUCUUGACUGAUGCCUGGCUUGUGCCUCUUUUCUUUGCCCUGAUCAUGUUGGUUGGGCUGAUUGGAAACUCUCUUGUUAUUUAUGUCAUCUCCAAACACAGACAGAUGAGGACUGCCACAAACUUUUAUAUAGCAAACUUGGCAUCCACUGAUAUCAUGUUCCUUGUGUGCUGUGUGCCUUUUACUGCAACGCUCUAUCCUCUUCCCAGUUGGAUAUUUGGAGACUUCAUGUGCAAGUUUGUGGCCUAUUUACAGCAGGUAACAGUGCAAGCCACUUGUAUCACCCUGACAGCAAUGAGUGCCGACCGAUGCUAUGCCACACUAUACCCACUGAGAUCUCUGCGUCAUCGCACCCCAAAAGUAGCCAUGCUUGUUAGCAUCUGCAUAUGGAUAGGAUCACUACUUCUGUCCACACCCAUCAUACCUUAUCAAAAGAUCCAAAAGGGUUACUGGUAUGGGCCAAGGACUUACUGCAUAGAGCAAUUCCCAUCAGAUAUUAUGAAGAAGGUCUGCAUCUUGUACCAGUUCCUAGCUGUUUACUUGCUGCCCUUAUUGACCAUAUGUCUGUGUUACUCAUUGAUGCUGAAAAGGGUUGGUCGGCCAGUGGUGGAGCCAACUGACAACAAUUACCAGGUCCAGCUGCUAUCAGAAAGAACUAUUGCUAUGAGAAGCAAAAUCUCCAAGAUGGUUAUAGUGAUCGUUCUGCUUUUCACUAUCUGCUGGGGUCCCAUUCAGCUCUUCAGCCUAUUUCAAGGAUUUUACCCAGGCUUUCAAGCCAACUAUGCAACCUACAAAAUCAAAACGUGGGCCAAUUGCAUGUCUUAUGCAAACUCUUCUAUCAAUCCCAUAGUCUAUGGCUUUAUGGGAGCAAGCUUCAGAAAGUCUUUCAGGAAAGCAUUUCCUUUUAUGUUUCGAAACAAAGUAAGGGAUGCAAGUAUUACUUCUGCAACUGCAAAUAAUGAGAUGAAGUUUGUUGCCAUGGAGUCGACCAAUAAUGAGCUUAAGUAGAACUAUCAGAUUUUUGGAUUCUUUACAUGCACUUAAUAAAUCAAGAUGGAUGCUUUCGAGUGACUUGGUUAAAUUGAAGAGAAUAACUUAUAUUAUAGCAAGCAGUCUGGAAUUGAAAUCUAUGGAUUCUGGCAAAUGCCAGAGGAGCUGCUGUAUGAUGCCAUAGCCAGUUACUGUUCAUUGGGCCUGUGGGGGCUGUUUGGGCUUAUUUUGAAUCUCAGUCUGGACCUUAUAGCAUACUCAUUUCAAAUGAUUUCUGGAGAAAAUCUUUUUUUCCUUUCAGUAUUUUUAUAUGAUGAGAACAUGAGUGCAUGAAGAAUAUGUACAUGUAACAAAUUUGGAAGAGGAAAGACAUACAAUUUUUAGAACUUACAAUUAAAUGAACACACACAUUUUCUUGGAAAAAAACCCUUCACAUUAAGAUAUA